CCUCGCCGCCGAUCGCGUCUCUUAGCGUGCUCGGCAUGGUGAAGGGCCUGUUGCGCAAUCCGCUGGGAAGUCCUCUCCCGACAACCCUGCUUUAUGUCUUACCACAAAGUCGUGCCCUGACGUGCGAUCGUCACAACUUAUGAUACUUCUUCGCUCGUUCUCCCUCAGAUCUGGUGGAGUCUAGCUUAUUGAUGCCCCAGUACAUGCUCUUCUAGGACGAUUGACAAUGUUCGCGGCCGAUCUCUCGUGGCAGAUCGGAGAAAGCGUAGGGCAGCGGAAAGAACGGAAAGCUCGCGAACAUGCGUCAGGAACGCCCUCAGUUAGGACCUCAGUAACGUCCAGGAGUUCCAGCUCGACCGAUCGACAAGAAUGGUGGACGUCCGGGCUCAAGAAGAUCAAGGCUAGGACUUCUUCCAAAUCUUCAUCCAAAGGAAGGCCAUCGACAAGUCCGAAUUCGAGACCCCAGGCAAUAAUAGACCCGCGAUCACUUCAGCCUGUCUGCGAAGCGGUAGCGAAAGACUUUCCUAAUUGGGAACUCGAGCUUCCACAUCAUCUGAGAGAUCAUGUGCAAAAGCCAACAUACACGGUCUCGAAGUCGCUAUCGCCAACACUGCCAUCUGGAGGGUCUAUGGACCUGUCGGAGUGCGACGUCCCAGAGCUCGAAGGUGACAUCUCCUCCCGCUACACGCAUUCCAUCGUAUCUAUAUCUUCACGCGACCAUCAUUGGGAUGUGAAAUUACCUCCAACCGAAGCGUUGAAUGGAAUUGAUGGACCACACGGAUGCGAUCCGUACACUAUUGCUCCUGUCCACACGCGGACAAGCUUUGGGUCUCGUGAGCAGCAAGAACACGCAAUAGUCUCAAGAGCGGAUGUACUCAACAGAGCAAAGCGGAGAACCAAUGUGCCACAGAUCGAGACUCGUAUGGAAGGAGAGAUCCACCCCCAGGAAGCGUCAGCCCCAGAGAUCGAAAAGCAACCCGAGUUAAACACAGAUGUGAACGCAUUCAGACCAUUGGCUCAGUGGGACAGUCUUUCUCCCAUGGUGGUACCUAGAGAUUUUCGCAAAUCGGCAGUAUCUCAACCCAUCCAAUCCGCUGCUGUGCAGAACAAGCCUGCUGGUGUGGGGAACAGCACUUUCGUUCGAACAAGGUUUCAGCGAUUUAUCCAAAGAUUGGAAAGUGCAGGCCCACAGCUUGUUUUGGACAGACUUAAGGAGUCCCUGCAGGAUCCUGCAGAUUCGGAAGAAGAAUUGCUCGAACAGCAACUGUGGUUGUUAACCGGGUUCCAGCUGCAGGUCUUAGGCAAGGCACGGAUGGUUCCGAAACCGCAGUGUGACACGGGUAGGAUCCUGGAACUCUAUGGUAACCUCUCUGAGGUCUACCAGUCAUCUGCAAUGCACCCAGGCCAAACGGUGCACUUCCUUACGACCAAACCGCAGCGCUCACUAAGCCUUCCCAGCAAUGUGUCUUACUUGACAGUACGAGAAUUCGGCACGGUGCCUUUGCCAUACCCAGAGGACUUUUUCACCCAUAUACGCGCAUCAACUUUACCGUCUUUGGUCCCAUCUGCGAAGCUGCCAGAGCUAUUUCGCGAAUGCUAUAAGCUACUUGCUCCAGGCGGUCUAUUCGAGAUCAGAAUCAUGGAUGCUGCUCCUGUGCGCAGAACUGCUGGCCCCAUGAUGCGGAUGUGGAUAGACGACAGACUAUCUGUGAACCUUGAGAAACUCUUUCGAUGCUCGAAACCAUGUUCGCUAGUUCCUAGCUGGUUGGCGGAGGCAGGCUUUGAGUUGAGCACGGAGAACGAGAUGGGACUGACACUGCCAUGUGUUCUUGACAGCACCUCUGAUGAUGUGGAUCAAGAGCUCUCAGCCUUAAUUGGCCAAGCUCUUUGGAAGGACACUUGGGGUCCAUUCGUCGAGGAUCUUCCCGAUGAGCCAAAAUGGUGGUGGGAAGAGGAUAUCAUUGUGCAAGAGUGCUUGAAAAGGAAAACCGUGCUGGAAUGUCGCUCCUUGUAUGCGUACAAGAGGUGAUUCUGCUGGUCUGCGAUGGACGAACGUUGUUGGGCGGUU